UCCUGCCCUUAACCAAAAUGAAAGCUUAGGGCGCGAAUUACGAUUUGGCUCUCGUUUUGUGCUAGGUGGAAAUCGUUUUCAAAAUCGGUAAGCUCUCCGGCUGAUUAUGGACCCGGUGUCCGGCAUGAAGACCCUGCUGCUGGCUGCCGCCCAGUACAAGAGCUACAAAAACGAGAGCAACGGGGCAUCGCUGCACAGACAGCUGGAGGUUAUCACUGGAUUGAAGCUAAACAAAUUGUUUGCAUCAAACCAAAUACUACCAAGUGAAUGUUUGAGCAGUCUAGUGGAACUUAUUGAAGAUCCAAAUACCAGUCCCUCUAUAACAUUGAAGACUAUUAACCUGCUCUCUAGUUUAGCCUUGGACAUUGAGACAAAGGAAGCACUUCAUUCAACAUACAAUCUUACUAAUGUUGUGGCUGGUGUUGUUCAUCGCUAUAGCUCCAUACUUAAUGAUCCUGUUUUGUUGCAGAGUAUUCAACUGCUUCAAAGAUUGACAUAUAAUGUUAAAGUUUUACAUGCAAGUAUCAAUAUCGAGGAAUUAACUGCAUUUCUGAUGAGCCAUAUUCAAUCUACAGAAGAUGAACUUACAAUGCCAUGCCUUGGGAUUAUGGCAAACCUUUGCCGCCAUAAUCUUUCAGUCCAAGGUCAUGUGAAAUCUUUGAGCAAUGUAAAAGGAUUCUACCGCACAUUAAUUAGCUUCUUGGCUCAUAGCAGUUUAACUGUGGUAGUCUUUGCACUUUCAGUACUGGCAAGUCUUACUCUAAAUGAAGAAGUUGGUGACAAGCUUUUCCAUUCCAGAAAUAUCCAUCAGACAUUUCAGUUAAUAUUUAACAUUCUUGUAAAUGGGGACGGGACAUUAACCCGAAUGUACUCUGUUGACCUCCUCAUGGACCUCAUAAAGAACCCCAAAAUUGCUGAUUAUCUUACCAGGUACGAGCACUUUAAUUCAUGUCUAAAUCAAGUGCUUGGCCUUCUUCACGGCAAGGAUCCAGAUUCGGCUUCCAAGGUUUUAGAAUUGUUACUGGCUUUCUGUUCAGUGACUAAGCUGCGUCUCAUUUUGCGACAAGCGGUACUUGAACAAUCUAGUAUUAUUGCAUCAGGAAAUGGAAGACUUGGUCCUCGUGGGAAAUCUGCAGAAAAAUUAGAGCCAGCUAUUGCACUUGUUCAUUGGUCAAGCCAGCCUCUGGAAGCACCACAAAACUCAGUUGUUUUGGCACUUAGACUUUUCAAAGAGUUGUUUGCGGAUACUAUUGACAAUGCUAACAGCCAAUCUGCAGAGCGUGUGGUAGAUCUACUUCUGCCAGUCAUUCUGGAUCAAUUUCUUAUUCCUGAUCAAACACUGGAUGAAGUGCUUGCAAAGAAGAGAUGUGAAAGAGUCUCAAAAGCAGUGGAAGUCUUAAUAAUCCUGUGUGAUGACGAAAAUUUAAAGUCCCGCAUUGCUAAAAAAAUUGCUGUCAACAGAUGUGUUUCGCUGGUAGAGUAUCAGUUUUCAUGCAGUGGUGUGGAUUCUGGGUUUGCCACACAAAUUGUGGAUUCAGAACUCUUCAAAGCUUCUGCAGACGUACUCCUGAAAACCCUUGAUCUCAUGAGUAGACUGAAGCAGUUGGUUACAAAUAUGGAAGCUGCUUUUUACAAAAUACUUCAGGACCAUCGCUUAAUUACACCACUGUCAUUUGCAUUAACAUCGGAUAACCGAGAGAGAGUUCAAGCUGGACUUAGAAUACUGUUUGAAGCUGCACCCCUCCCAGACUUUCCUGCUGUUGUACUUGGAGAAUGCAUUGCUGCAAAUAAUGCAUAUAUUCAGCAAGACACAGAACACCCAGCCAAAAGGUUUGGAAUGCAGCUUCCUGGCAGUAGCUAUAAAACUCCACAGACAAACAUACAGAAUACGGAUAUUUCAUCGUCAAAUGUUCAGGAACUUGUAUUAAAGCUGCAGACUGGAAUGGAGCUGAAAGACCAUGUAAAUGAUGUGCGGAUUUCAGAUAUUAUGGAUGUGUAUGAACAGAAACUUUCUGCUCUUGCUUCCAAAGAAAGCCGGCUGCAAGAUCUUCUGGAAGCAAAGGCACUAGCUCUUGCACAAGCUGAUAGACUGAUAUCUCAAUACCGCUGCCAGAGAGCCCAGGCUGAAGCCGAGGCUAGAAAGCUUGCUGCAUUGCUAAAGGAUACAGAAAGAAAAAAUGAAGAGUUGGGUAUGCUUUUGAAAUCUCAGCAAGUUGAGUCUGAACGAGCAAAGAGUGACAUUGAGCGGCUGUUUCAACACAGCAAGAAGCUGCAAGCUGUUGCAGACGAGCAUGAGACAUUAAAGAUUUCGUAUGCUGACCACCUAAUAAAGUAUGAGCUCUGUGAAAAGCAGUACAAAGAAUUACAGGCAUCAUAUAAUGUGUUAAAUAAACAGGCUGAAACCAUGAAAAAGAUCAAUGAUUCUCUCAAGGUGCAGAAUGAAAAAACAAUUUCACAACUAGAAGAUACUGAAAGUCAACGAAAAGAAUUGGCCAAACAACUUCAAGAUAGGGAAGCUAAAAUACUGAAUUUGCAGCAGAAAGUGAAAGCGCUGGAAGAGAAAAUCAAAGUGAAACAAAAAGAGAGAGAAGAUAUGGAGGAAACCAUUGACAUUCUCCGUAAAGAACUGAGCAAAACUGAGCAAGCAAGGAAGGAACUCAGCAUUAGGGUAUCCUCUCUAGAAGUUCAAAAGACACAGCUUGAAGCUCGUUUGGAAGAAAAAGAAGCUGCAGUAAAGUUACAGCAAGAUGAGUUAAACAAGCACUCUCACAUGAUUGCCAUGAUACACAGUCUUAGUGGUGGUAAACUGAACACAGAGAAUGUGAAUCUCAGCUUGUAGGACAUACGGACUGGUAUUCCCGGAUGAUGAUUUACUGCACAGAUAAAUAUGAAUUCUCAAGUGUUCUAUAGAGCUACUUUUUGCUGUACACAACAGUCUGUUCUCAAGUCUGGCGUUCCUGAUCCAGUUAUAUUGGCUAUACUCUAUGCUCUAUACGAUGAAUGCAUUUGAAGAAAGACUG